UUUUAAACUUUUCUUUUCUUGAAAUGUAUUUAUAUUUGGUAACGGUACACAAAUUCCUCUCCGAAUUCAUUUUUAAUAUUUUUUUUUUCUGCAAUGUAUUUAUAUUUGUGACAUAAAUUCCUUCCAACGUGAUGCGACCUUUCAAGUUUAUAAUAUUAAUUUUGAAUAUAUACAAUCAUGCGCAAAUUACUGUGUGUCCUUCUUCUUCUUUUUUCUUUUGUUUAUGUUCUUUUUUCUUUAGACCUAGUGAAUGUAAAUAAAGGUGACUUCUGUUAGGAACAAGUAUCUCGCUACUUGGGCCACGGCCUUUCAACACUGGGCCUUAGGGCUCCUAUGUAGCAAAACAUAUAUUUUAUCUUAAAAAGCAAUCUUCUAAAUCACAGCUAAUCCCAUGGCGAAGCAAAGCAAUUGUAACAAGAAGAAGAAGAACGCUCCAAACGCCAUGUUCGUGAAAUCCAAAGCCCCAAAAAGAAACCUUUUCGAAACCAUUUGGUUCCGACGAAAAUCCUAGUUUCUGGGCAAGAAGCGCAAGGGCGAAGAAAAGCGUAUCGGCCCAACUCGCUCUCUCGCGUUCCAAAAGAGGAAGAGGACGCUAUUGAACGAGAAUGAACAAAAGGGGAAAUCAUAUCGGAUGGAAGAGCGAAAAUGGGAAGAUUUAAACUUGGAUUGCUUGUUGAAUGUGUUUGAGAGAUUGGGACUUGGAUCUCUUGUAUUGGACGUUCCCUUUGUGUGCAAGUCAUGGUACAAAGCAACUCUCAAUCCACAAUGUUGGCGCCAUAUUGAGCUUCCUACAGAUCGACUAAACGAGCCUGGUGUCCUAGGAAUCAUUAAGUUUGCCAUCAAGCAUAAUGCUAGAUAUGUUGUUUCACUAAAGACGCCCCACAACUACAAUCCUGCUAGAAAGUCCUGCAAUUCUACUAAAGAUCUCUUAGUGUAUAUUGCAAAUGAGUGUCCUUUCUUGAAAGGUUUCAUGAUGUCUCCUUGUCUCUCUCCUGAUCAAAUGUGCAUCGUUCCCAGCCUUAUAAGCAAAUGGACAAAUUUGGAAUGGUUAACCCUACAAUACAGCUCUUAUAUGCAAGAAAUUCUUACACAAGUCAGCCUUCAUUGCAAGAACUUUGUUGGGUUAGCUAUUACAGAAGCCUACUUUUGUGAUAAGGAAGCAUCAGAUAUCGCCACAUUACUGCCAAACAUUAAGUAUUUGUGUCUGAGUUAUGCAUACCUUCAUGAAGACGAUCUAGAGAUUAUUUUGCGAGGCUGCAAAGAACUUCUUUAUCUUGAUGUUCGGUAUUGCGUAGGUUUUGAGGAGGAGGAGGAUGAAAUAUUGAAGCUUGCCUCUCAUAUUCCUACAUUCAUGUGUGAGGGUUCAAGAGAAGCCAUAGGUGGAUGGUGGUCCCGGAAAAGGGAAAUUUAUCGUCCUAUAGAUGGAUGAAAAUUAUGCAGGGACUUUUACCGUAUUAAACUUUAUCCUAUAAAUGUUUCAGCUCGCAAGUGAUUGAUCUUGUAAUAUAUUUUGGUAACAAAUCUUUUAUUUUCUUUAGUUUGUCUUAUCUUCUUGCUCGUUGUAUAUCAUCCAUUUUUAGACAAUCUAUUAUAUAACAAUGGUUGUAUUGUAGUACAUUGAAAAGUUGUUGUCACAAA